GGCUUAUAUAAGGAGGGUAGGAUGUUGGGGUCUGCUUUCUUUUAAAGGUAGAUGGGGGAAGCAAAGGAAAAGAAGAUAUAGGAGAGAGAAAGAGAGAGAAAGAUAAUGGAAGAACAUCUCAGCCCAUUAGCUGUGACUCAUCUGCUUCAACACACCCUGCGAAGCUUGUGUAUUCAUGAAAACUCUCAGUGGGUUUAUGCUGUCUUUUGGAGGAUCUUGCCUAGGAAUUACCCACCACCCAAAUGGGAUGGUCAAGGAGCCUAUGACAGGUCUAGAGGAAACAGAAGAAACUGGAUAUUGGUUUGGGAAGACGGUUUCUGCAACUUUUUUGCAUCAGCUGCAGAGAUCAACUCUAGUGAUUGUCCAAGUUCAUCUGUUUAUGACAACUGUGAAUUUCAACCCUAUCAAGGGCUUCAACCGGAGCUCUUCUUCAAGAUGUCUCAUGAAAUCUACAGUUACGGAGAAGGAUUGAUUGGUAAAGUAGCUGCUGAUCAUAGUCAUAAGUGGAUACACAAAGAACCGAAUCAUCAAGAAAUAAACUUCUUGUCAUCGUGGCGUAACUCGUCUGAUUCACAUCCUAGGACAUGGGAAGCCCAGUUCCAAUCUGGUAUAAAGACCAUAGCCCUGAUUGCAGUUAGAGAAGGUGUUGUUCAACUAGGAGCUGUCCACAAGGUAAUUGAAGACCUGAGCUAUGUAGUUCUACUAAGAAAGAAAUUCAGCUACAUAGAAAGCAUUCCUGGAGUGCUCUUGCCACAUCCAUCAUCAUCAGCAUUCCCUUACAACGUGAACGGAUAUGGCACACCAGAGGCAUGGCACUACCAGAACACUAUUGCACCACCAACAGAGUUCUAUGACCACUUCAGUCAAGUCCCAUUCAAGAUAACACCCUCCAUGAGCAGCCUUGAAACUCUACUCUCCAAGCUACCAUCAGUGGUGCCACCUCCACAGCCAGUUUCAGGCUACUGUACUGAGUCACAGCCACAGUCAGAGUCCCCGUACCUACCCAUGGAGUACAUGGGCAUGGAAAAGAUGGCGAAGGAGGAGAUUGAUGAAGAUUAUAAAGGGGAAAAAGAUAUGGGUGAGAGUAGCAGUUCGAUGUCAGCUUACCGUAGACAGCAAUUUCAAAACCAGCAUCAAGAUUUGAAUGUUAACACUAGCAGACCCAACAAUGGGUAUUUUGAGUGAAAGGAUUUAUUACUUGGUAGCUAUUAGGGUAUGUACGUAGGGAUAUGAGUAUUGAUUUCUAACUUGGUAAGCCUUUUAGUUUCAGUUUCACUUUAUGUUUCAACUAAGGUUUUAGGUAUCUUUGGCUGUGGAACCUAUGGUAGCUCGCCCGCAGAUUUCUCUAGAUUCCUAGUAUAUAUUAUAUGACAUAUUACCCCCACUUGCACAACCA